GAUAUAGUAGAAUUCUUAAAUAUGCUAAGACCUGGACAAUUGUAUUACUCAUAUGAUACAAGAGUGCGUGAUUCAACGAACAUGAUAAAGGUUGUUUAAAUGUGCUAAAAUCUGGAAAGUGAUAUUACGGAUUUGUUUCAACAGUGUGCUAUACUUCUGUACGAGAUGUGUAAAAUAUUAACAGUAAUACAUUUAAUUUGUUAUAUGCUUAAACACAGCGACUUCAUAAAUGCGAGUUUUUAUGUUAUAUUCGUGAUCGUUUAUAAAUUAUUCUCAGAUUUAUCAAAAUGGAUAAUAACUGUUGAAGAUAAUAGUGAUCAAUUAUUCAGGAAUUAAAAGAGGUCACUGCCAAUGAACAGGCUUAACAAAUACACUUUCAUCCUAAUAUUUCUGCUACUUGUUGCUGGUAUAUGGCAGGGGCAAUACGCUGGACGAUUUACACACGAUGCUAUGAAAGGAUUUCUUAAAAGUCUAGAAAUAAUUUUGAAAAAAAGUGAUGAUGACUUGCAUAAAACUACGAAUGAGAGUGUAGACGAAUACAAGAAAAUAGCAGAGCUUGUACAAAAAAGGAUUAAUGAGUUGCAGAAUCCUGUAAAAUGUGAGUCUGCAAGGAAAGUUGUCUGCGACCUCCCACCAAAUGGUCUUGGAAGUCAAGUGCAUCUGUUAACAAUUUGUUUUACUGUGGGCUUUCUGACUGAAAGGACAGUUAUACCGAGAUACGGAAUGUCACAAUACACUGGACCAGGAUUGGAAGCACUAGUUUUACCAUUUAGCAACACGUGCACGACUACAAUGAACCAAACAGUUCUGGAAGUAUUUAGUUUGUACAAAACAGAAGAUAUACAAGUUAUAAAAGCUAACUACCAAACCUUCUACGUAGAUUUACAACGAACUCUACCUAAGUAUAUAACAGAUGUUAUCGAACAUUUUCAUUCUAAUCCAUCACUUUGGUGGGCUGGCCAGAUUGCUACUUAUAUCCUCCGACCAAACAAACGCUUACAACAUCUUAUUGCAAAGAAAAAGAGAGAAUUGAGAUUUCAGAAUGUAUCUGUCGGACUCCAUGUUCGAAGAACGGACAAAAUUUCGGAAGCUCUAUACCACAAUUUAACAGAAUACAUGAAGUUUGCUGAAAAAUGGUACAUUGCAUACGAAAAAAGAGCCGGAAAAACUGGUAUACGACGAAAAAUCUAUUUGGCUACAGAUGAUCCUAGUGUUGUUACAGAGGCUAGACGAGACUUCCCUGACUACAUAUUUAUAAAUGAUAUAAACAGUACAAUUGCUGCAAAUAAUCGCAAAACCCGAUAUCAGUUUUCAUCAUUGAUUGAUAUAUUGUUGGACAUAUACUUGUUAUCUGAAUGCGAUUAUCUUGUCUGCACCAUGUCUUCUAAUGUUUGUAGACUGGCUUUUGAAAUGAUGCAGCCUCGUUUUAUAGAUGCCUCUAAAUAUUCACACUCUCUUGACUGUGGAUAUUAUAUUCACAGAUUGUAUAGACUUAAUUGUAAGAUACCUUUAGGUAAAAUUCGUUUCAAACGGUUUCUACUGUGAAAUUAUUCUUUGAGGACUUUCCGGUUUUACAAUGAUAAAUAAAGUAAAACUUGUAUUUAGUUACAUGUAAAUCGUUGGAGAAAGUCAGCACACUUGAUUUUGAAACACGAUUGGAAUAAAAGAUUAUAAUGCAUGUAUUCUAUUGACAUACAGUUUCUUGCAUAUGAAACAAAGCUGAGACGCCACAUGAACAUAGGAUUUUUGACAAUAUAUUAGAAAUAUCGUGUAAUAAAAUAUUAAAAUAUUCCGUAGUAACGUACAUUACCAAGCGAACAUUUACAAGUAUACCAAAUCAUCAGUAUAUAUCUAAGAUUAUAUCACGUUAUUCAUUUUUAUAAAUAUAAGAUAUAUCAUAAUAAUUGACCGGUUUCCAAUACAAUCUGGUAGAACAAAUUAAUGGAGGGAGUUUUCUUUCAAAAUAUAUUGAUCAUUGAGUACGAAACUUUAUAUUGGAUAUCGUUAGAUGUUGCUAUCUAAGACAUUUCGAGGAUUUUUUGUGACUUUCUUUACCUCUACUUAAUUUGAACAAAAUAUACUUCUUCACAUGUUUCCCAAAAUCAUUCUCCUGAAUAUAAUUAACAAAUAUGUUUCAUCAACAUUUUACCAAACAGUUUAAUGAAGUCAGGGGUUUAUACUCAAGUUGUAUGAUUUAUUAUUAAACA